UGGUCGAAGAUGCUCUUAGUCUUAGACCAUGGUGGUCCUGGUCCAUGACCCAUCGUUCUAUUAAUAAAAAACUAAAAACAAAAACAAAUAGAAAACAAAUCUGAACGCAAAUCCUGCCACCACGGCCGAUAUGGACUUGAGUGGCAGAAGAAAAAGCCUUCUUCUUCUUCUUCUUCUCCUUCACUUCCAAUUCUUAGCAUUUUUCUCAGUCACAGUCACAGUCACAGUCACAGCCACUUCAUCAUCAGCAGAGGACCCAAUCUCAUCAUCAUCAUCAGCCAUAUCAAGGUUCCGACACUACCUCCAAAUCAACACUGCCCACCCAACUCCCCUGUACUACCAAGCAGCCGAUUACAUCCUCUCCCAGGCCGAGUCCUUGUCCCUCGAAUCCCAAACCCAUGAGUUCGUCAAAGGCAAGCCACUCGUCCUCCUCAAAUGGCCAGGAUCCGACCCUUCUCUUCCUUCGAUCCUUCUUAAUUCACACACCGACGUCGUUCCAGUCGAGAACGACAAGUGGGUUUACCCUCCCUUCUCUGCCCAUGUCGAUUCACAUGGGAAUAUAUACGCCAGAGGCUCUCAGGACACCAAAUGCAUUGGCUUUCAGUACCUGGAGGCCAUUCGACGCUUGAAGGCUAAUGGGUUCCGGCCAAUUCGCUCGGUUUAUGUGUCUUUUGUACCUGACGAGGAGAUUGGUGGACGAGAUGGUGCUCACAAGUUCGCUGAAUCAGAUGUUUUCAGGGAUAUGAAUGUGGGUAUUGUGCUCGAUGAAGGGUCGACUUCGGAAGAUGAGAAUUACAAGGCGUUUUUUGCGGAGAGGUGUCCAUGGUGGCUGGUGAUCAAAGCUACAGGGGCACCAGGCCAUGGAGCAAAGCUUUAUGACAACACUGCCAUGGAGAACCUGUUGAAAAGCAUUGAGAGUAUCAGGCGUUUUCGAGCUUCACAGUUUGACUUGGUCAAGGCGGGUUUGAAGGCUGAUAGUGAGGUUAUCUCUGUUAACAUGGUGUUUCUGAAAGCUGGCACCCCGUCACCAACUGGUUUUGUCAUGAAUUUGCAGCCAUCUGAAGCUGAAGCAGGUUUUGAUAUAAGAGUCCCACCAAAUGCUGAUCCAGAGGCUUUAGAGACACGCAUUGCUCAAGAAUGGGCACCUGCUUCACGCAAUAUGACAUUUGAGUUCAAAAUGAAGGUUCCUGUGCGUGAUAAGUUUGGGAGACCAGUCAUCACCACAACUGACAGUUCAAACCCCUGGUGGAAUCUGUUGGAAGAAGCAGUAAGGAAAGCUAAUGGAAAACUUGAUAAGCCAGAGAUAAAUCUUGGUACAACAGAUGCUCGCUACUUCCGGGUACUGGGAAUACCAGCUAUUGGCUUCUCUCCUAUGAUCAAUACUCCUGCCCGUCUUCAUGACCACAAUGAGUUCCUGCACAAAGAUGAAUAUCUGAAAGGAAUUCAUAUUUAUGAAUCUAUUAUCAGAGCUUAUGCAUCCCAUGUAGAGGAUGAAAGAAAUGGAAGCUCCAAAGAUGAGUUAUGAGAGGGAAAAUAAGCUAACUCAUGUCUUCUGAGGUACAUUGCCUGAUGGUAUUUCAUGUGCUUAAUCGCAAUGGGAUAAGAGAAGUCUGGUAAAGCAGGGGUUGAUCUCCAACUAUGCAGGGGACUGAUUCAUUACAACACUGGCUGGAUGUUUUGGUAAUCAGACAUGAUAAAAAAGCAACUUUGUUCCCACGUCAUAUUGAAUUUCCUUUAAAUUUGUACCAGAACAUACAAGAUUCAAUGAAUAUUACAGCGUGAAUUAGUUCAAUUCUA